AUGGUGAAAAGUGACAUUGUUGAACUCUCUAUCCUUCAGCUUCCAAUGAUGAGCGGCGCUUUCAUGGACGCGUCUCCCAUGGACGACUGCAGCACAGAGCACUCGCUCUUCAACUCGUCUGCCAGUGUGAACGCAGCGCCCCCUGCCUCAGCACCGGCACAACAGGAGGAGCAGCAGCACAUGUCCAGCGACGCCGUCUGGCUGUGGAUAGCCAUCAUCGCCACCAUCGGGAACAUCGUAGUCGUUGGAGUCGUUUAUGCUUUUACUUUCUAAGGACAGAAGGAUCAAUAGAAGACUUAUGGUGAAGAUGCAGUUUCAGUUUUUUUUACUUUUUUUUAUGUUCGUAUCACCAUCCUGAGACCUAGAGCCCUACAUGCACGUGGGGGACGAACAGUAGCCGCAUUUGCUGUUUUACCCGUUUCACUUGAAAUGGGCCUCGCAACAGAAGGGGUCUCUGUUUGUGCUGGAAAAAGAGCCCUGACCCCACUAUCACACAGCGAACACAUGCCAGGGUCAGAAAAUGAAGGGGGCUCGGGCCAAAAAUGCCACCAAAAUUAAUAAAAAUGCACCAUGAUAUGGUGAAAAAAAUGGUGAAAAACAAAAGUGCUGUUUUCCCAAAUAUCAGCACAUUAGCAAAUGUGAUAUUGAUUUUAUACAACAAUUCAACAAACAAUAAGUUGACUUACAUUUAAGACACAAUAUUGUCAAUAUUGUCUGUUUUUCCUCUAUUUUGCCAACAAAAAUAGUUCCAAACACUAGAGCCAUUGCGCAUCUCUGAGCAACACAGUAUCAGUUUCGCUUCUGAAUGAAUCCGCGUUUUUGAACGAAUCGCUCUAAUGAAUGAUUCAACAACUCACUCACUUCUGUUCUGUCCUUGAAUGAAUCAGCCAUUUUGAAUGAAUCGUUUCACUAAUGAUUCCAUGACUAACUUGUUAAAGGGAUAGUUCACACAAAAAUGAAAUUCUUUAAUCAUUUACUUACCC